UUACAGUGUGUGCUUCGCAUGGAAACAUGAUGGCUGAAAAGUAGGGAAAGGAUUCAAAAUGUUUGGAUAUUUUCAUGUCCAUUCAUUGAAUUCACUGAAUGAAGAACUUACUUGAAAAAGUGAGAAUAGCCACUUCCUUGAUAUAAAUGAUGGAGAAACAGCUGUCAACAACCUCUGAAGCGAAUCGAAGACACAAAAGAACAUGUUAGUAAAACUCAGGACUUGUGCACUUAGACUUGGAGAACUACAUACUUAUCAGCUCUUACUCUCAAGGAAUUGUAAACGCACUGAGAAAUUGAAGUGAGUUUUUCUUCCGGUACCACUCCUUCUUACAGCAAUGGCAGGGUCCAUGUUUGUUGACAAAGAUGUGACUCGCAUCAGCACGGCUAUAUUCAACAAUGAUAUGGAUGAGCUGAAAAAAGCUCUUGCAGAUGGGGAAGAUCCGUUCUACACCGAUCGUAAACACAACACUUAUCUACACUAUGUGUGCACAAUGCAUCGACCUUUCAUCAUUCAUAUCAUUGUCGGAACUGGCAUCAAUCUGAAUGCUCAGAACAGGCAUGGCAACACAGCCCUACAUGUAACAGCCCUACAGCAUGAAUGCUGCCAUGUUGGGGACCUGAUGGCUGCUGGUGUAAACCCUUUCAUUAAGAAUCGGGAUGGCAGAACAGCUUCUGAGAUUCCCACAAAAAACAGAUUUUGGAAGUUCAUUUAUGAAAAAUACCAGCCAGGAAUAUUUGAGGCUAUAGCUGCCCAUGAUGUUGACAAAGUUCUUAACCUGUUGCAUUGCUGGACACGGGUGGACACUUUAAGGGAUGGGAAAACUCUUCGACAGUUUGCGGCCUGUCGCAAGUUUCAUGACAUCGUGUUUCAUGUGGAUUUUCACAGACACACUCUCGGGGCUAUCUAUGCUGUGCUGGAGCGAGAUGCUGAAAAAGCAUGGACAUUUUUGACGCAUGCGAAAUGUGAUGUAAACUAUGUCAAUUACGGUGCUGAUUCAUGCCACAUUCUGCAGUAUGCCAUCAAACUGAAAGAUGUUCGUUUGGUUCGGAUGAUUUGCAAGUCAAAGGUCAAUGUCAACUUACGGGUAACCUUACAGAACUAUAUCAAGGCUCCUCUGUAUUUUGCUGUGCUUGAUCCCAAUGUCUCGGAUGACAUCAUGUGGACAGUUCUCAAGGCUGGUGCCAACUUUACUUUAAAAGACGAGAGGGGAAGAAAUGCUGCAGUGUAUGCACUGGAUAAGACUCACAGGAAGGUCUCGGCUGAGGUCAUAGAGUACAUGAUGAAAAAUGAUCUAGAUGUUUCUCAAAGGGACAUGACUGGAGUUACUCUUAGAGAUGUGGCAAGACUGGCCAGGAGAACAGAUAUUGUUACCCUUGUAGACAAAGCGUAUGUGAAACUGAUUCGGACAUCCAACUUGAAAGAGCUGGAGCGCUUGUGUGUCGUGAGAUAUGACAGCAUGCUCAUCAAUUUCAAUUACAGAGACACAUUCAUUUAUGCCAGUGGCAAUGAGACGGAAGAAGCUGUGGAAUUUACAAAGUGGCUGCAAGAAUUUGAUCUUGAGGUGAGAAAAUUCCACUACAUUGUCCGCCAUCGGUCUCUUGAUGACGUCAUCAACCUCUUGGCUUCAACAGACCGACCAGAAAUGUUGGUGAAUGCAAGAGACAGGGGUGGUCGUGCUGCAAUUCACCUCUGUGUCUUGUAUUGGAGGUUUGAUGUACUCAAGCUGCUUCUUCAUCAUGAUGCAGUGGAUAUCAAUGCAUGUGACAAUCUUGGUCGGACAGCCUAUCACUAUACCUGUGCUGUAGAAGAAGAGGACGAGAGAAAAGAUUUCUGUUUUUUGCUGACUGAUGCAGGAAUUAACCAAGAGCUGUGUGACUGUUCUGGCCACAGAGCAGUUGAUUACAUUAACAGCCGCAAAGCUAAUGAGUGGCUUGCAAAGGAAAGAAAGAUGCGUUAUGGCAUGGUGAAACAGCUUGCAUGUGUGGACAAGUAUGAGGAACUUUGUCACUUGAUGAAGUACAGAGGGAAAACUUUGAAACAUUUCAAUAUGGCUGUUCGCAAUUUCAAGUAUCCAGUGCCUUUAUUUGCUGCCUUAUUAUCACCCCUGAUGCCAGAGUACAGAGAUUUAAUGUUUGUGGCAAUGGACCAUGCCAAGGAGGAUAUUGUUGUGAAGCUGAUUCAGCUGGGUGCAGACUGGAACAGGAGAGAAUUGUGUGAAACCAAAGCUGAAUGUGAAGAAAAAGGGGAGAUGCAGAGUGUUAUAAUGUCUGUGAAAGAACGAGCAAAAAUUUUAGGAAUGACUAAAGUUUUGUAUGCAAUAGAAAAGAAAAAGGAUUUUUUGUUGAGACGAGCUGAGGAAAGAAGAACAUGGAAAAAAGGGACAGACAGAAAGAGUACAAAAGGACAGGCUCGUGUCGAAAAUCUUCGGGUUACUCAGAAACCUUCUGGAUCAGAAGGUGAUGAGGAGCAGAAUGUCUCUUUUGAGGAGUCUGUAGUAGAGAGUGAUGAAGAGUAUGAUGGCAGCAUUGAGGAGGGCCAGGAGGAUGCUGGUGACAAGGAUGCUGAUGAGCAAGACUAUGUUGAUGAGGAAUUUGAAGAAGUUGAAGUGGAAAAUUCAAGUAAUGCAAGUCAUAACAUUGAUGAUCAAGAUGAAGACUUUCAUGACUUUUAUAGCAAGGAUAGCUUUGAACUUUGAUUUGCAUGACUAUGAAAUAACAAGUAAUCAGUGUUGUAUAAUAUAGUAUAUGUGAGCAUUCAUGUUGGUAUAAUUUAGAUGACUGGCAUCUGUGAUGUAAAGGAUAGGCUCUUUGCCUUCCACACCAAAGAUAUGAGUUCAGUUUUCAUUUGAAUGUGAAGAUAUUUCAUUUAGUACUUUGUGUGUCUGUUGGACAAGUUUCAUGCUGGCCAAGUUGGCCCUGGCAAGUAGGGUUGGAGCACUGAUCGUGGAGUAGAACAUUUGCAAACAUUUUCAGUAUGAAUUCAAAUGAUUUGGAAAAGCAAAGACUAGAAUGAGGCUAUCUGUGGCUUAGUUUGACCAUAGUCCCCUUAUACUGAAAAAAACCCAAACCAUCACUUAUUACAGGGCCAAGGCAGGUAAAUGUCAUUUUGAAGAACAGAAUAACUGUUUUUAAAUUCAACCUUUGGUUUCUGUGAUAUCCCUACAAAUAUUCACUACUUUGAAUUAUUCCGACAAGUCUUUUGAAAUAAGUCAUCUCCUUCUUAAAGGAGCAUACAAUGAAUGAAUUCCUAGAAUCAAAUAGUGCAAAAUUUAAAAUUCUUUUAAAUUCAGAAAAGAAAAGUAGAAUUUCUUAACUAUGAUCUAUAAAUAAUGGGUACGUGGAGAAAAACUUCAGAAUUAGAUGGUAAAAUGUUAUAAACCUACUCACCGACUACUGACUCUGACUGAUGUCAGGAUAGCGUUUUUGGUGCUAGGCUGCCUGACCCGACCAUGGUCAGGUCCAAUUUUCCUGUUUAUUCCUACUAAUACACGAUAUUAGUCGGACCUGGCAGUCUAUAGGGAACCCGUGCAAACCUUACACCGUAACUAAUUCCGGUUGUUAGAGUUAUUGGUUGCUUUUUUCGUCAAAAGAAUUUAAUCUUCUGCAGUAUGUAGCAGUGGAUAAUUCUGACUUCAUCAUUCCAAAAUAAAUAGUUAGUAAUGUUCCCUGAAAGCUUUGCAGCAUGGCAUCGAAAAGAAUGUCGAACAGAUGUUAUAUGGUAAUAAUAAUGAGUAUGUGAGGCGUCAUGGUGAAAUCAGGCGCUCAUCAAAGUAAUGAAAUGAAAAAUAUCGGCAUUUUUUAACGGAUUUGGCAAUUUUUAUCU